AGGUUGCGCAACAGGCCCGACAAGGCCUCUCCACACUCUUCUCAAAACAAACUAAUUUUUCCCUUUCAGUUACCAGAUGCUUAACCGUUGCUGUUCACCAAGCCUUCUCCCUUUGUAGGGUUUUUCAUCCUUUUCUCGCGCACUAGAAAUGACUAAGCUGAGGAAGCUGAAUCGCCCAACGGGUCAUCGACUGUCCAUGCUCAGGACAAUGGUGUCGCAGUUAGUCAAGCAUGAGCGUAUAGAGACCACUGUCGCUAAAGCUAAGGAAGUUCGUAGGCUUGCUGAUAAUAUGGUGCAGCUUGGGAAAGAGGGUACUCUGUGUGCUGCGAGGCGUGCAGCUGGCUUUGUGCGUGGUGAUGAUGUUCUUCACAAGCUGUUUACUGAACUGGCUUAUAGAUACAGGGAAAGAGCUGGCGGAUAUACAAGAUUGUUAAGAACACGCAUUCGAGUUGGUGAUGCUGCUCCUAUGGCAUAUAUUGAGUUCAUUGACAGGGAGAAUGAACUCAGACAAUCAAAACCACCCACCCCACAGCCACCACAAAGACCAGCCAUGGAUCCAUGGACAAAAUCUCGGCUCUGCAGGCAGUUUGCACCCCCUAAAGAAGAGAAGAGUUCCGACUCUGAGAGUUGAAAAACAUUAGUUACAUAUCGAAUAUAUGGAAGAAUUUUUUCUCUCUGGCAGUUUCUAACUUUCUAUUGCCAAAUCAGUUACUCCAUUUCAACAUGUAAGUGGUACACCUGCGCUUGCAAGCUUUUUACGAAAAUAAAGAACAUUCUUUUUAUUUUACAAUUGUAAUCUUGUUGAUGUAAAAAAGAUUGGUAUGAGUACAAAAGUAACAGAUGAA